AUGAGCUCCCGAUAUCGAAGUUUAACGGAAAUGUUACAUUCAACAUCGAAGGAGAGUGAAUCAGAAUCUCCUGUCAAAAGUCAGAAAAAUUCGAAAAAAGAAAAUGAUAAAAGGUUCAGUGUGCGGAAAUUGGUACACCAAUUUGAAGCCAGCGCAAGUGAGCACUUUGAGCGCACUUUCAGCAGUCGAUUUUCGUCCAGAUGGAGGAAACCAAAAGCAUCCAGCGAGGAUGCUGAGGCGGCAGCAGCAGUAGAAGAACAAAAGUGUUCAUCGGGCACGACGCUUUGGUACCUGGACAGCAGCGAUAAGAUAACGGAAGAUAGCGAUGAACUACGUUCGGCGAGUAUGGGCGCAGGUUUGGACGAUUUAUUUGAUCGGAUAUCUUUUCCCGAUCCUGAUGACAUCUGCGACAGCUACAAUGAGUUCAUUUACUUGCGACUUUCGGCGGAAAAAGCGGAAUAUUUAAAUUCGUAUGAUUCAGAUUUCGAAAUAGAUGAGAACGAAAGUAUAACCGAAGCUAGCAAUACGGUCAUUGCGUUGAAGUUUCCGGGAGAUUAUGUACACUAUUUAAUUUAUGGAUAUUAUCAGUCAAAAAGCAUUUCCUACGGGGAUGUUACGGUUCAAUAUGAAGAAGACGACGGAUUUAGUGAGUCCGAAGCAUCUGUUUUUUCAGAUAGCGAUAAUACCUCAACUAGCAAAACUAUUUACCUUAUCGAAGAAUUACUCGACACAGAGCGUAACUACAUUAACACUCUGGAGAAGGGUAUAUCGACGUACAUCAAUAACUUAUUUAACAAAGUGCCCGUUCCUAAGGAGCUAGUCAACAUGAAAUACCAUCUCUUUGGUAACAUUGAGUACAUUCACCAAUUUCACAAAUCCAUUCUCCUGCCAAAAUUGUGCGCAUGUGGAGACGAUUCCGGGAAGAUAGGAGAUGUGUUUAGUAAAUACCUGGAAAAUGACUCAUUUUAUGGCUAUGUACUCUACUCUUUAUACCACCCAAAAUCGCAGCGAUUGUGUGAGCAAUUUGCAAGAUUUUUUGAAAACCACCAGAACAGCAGCGGUGAUAGACUGGGAGUGAAAAGUUUCAUCCUUCAACCGAUUCAGCGACUGCCUCGCUAUAAGCUACUGCUAGCUAACCUCGCCAAGGCGCUUCAAGCAAACGAAUCUUCGUUUGACGAGAAGGUUGCUACUCAGCACCAACUGGUAUGCAAGGCGGAACGCCUUUUGGAGCAUUUCAUCAACACGAUGAAUGAGUCAAUGCAGGUGAACGAUAUCGUGGAAUGUGAGCAAACGGAUGACGACGAAAUCGAGAUGGGUUUUGGAGUACCCAAACCGGUCACGGUACUGAGAGAGCAAAAUAGCGAAAACCAAAUUCUUUUCUUGUACCCAAAGGAUCACGACCGUCCAGAGCGGAAUAAACCGAUCAACAUACUUCACCAAGGAAAGUUCAAAAAAGUUUUCCCAGUGUUCCUACACGAUCUCCGCCUGAUGCGGCAAUAUCCGGGGAAACUCUUUCUCUUUGAACGGUGCGUUAUUUACACGGAACAAACAAAGCAGAAAACACUAUCCUAUCGAGGACACUUCGAUCAGAAGGAGGUUUCGUUCGAUUUCAGUAACCAUCAAAUACUGAAAAUCGCUUCGGAGAAGGACAAUCUACAUUUGAUUGAUGUUAAAGUUGAUAUUAAAAAUCCCGAAGCUACUGAUCUUUCUGUGAUCGUAGAUUUACUGCGUGCUAUUAUCGAGAAGCGCCGGAAAAAAGAAGGGUUCAUCAUCGAAAGCACUGAACUAGCGAUCGUGAGGAAUGCCAUUAUGAACCGAGACAGCGGCAGCCGAAGCAGUUUCUCGAGCAUUACCAGCAAUUUUAGUUACUACAAUACCUGUGGUCCGGACUCCGUUGCGGACGAAUCUAGCUUGGAUUAUUAUCCGACAAUACAGUUUGCCAGUAAUGGUCCAUCCAUGAACCAUAUUUUAAGCUUUCAUCAGUAUUACGAAAAGGCUCUCAAAGAUAGCAUCGAUUUUUAUAUUCAUCCACUACCGAAUGACGUUCGGCAACAGCUGGUCGAUUUGAACGAAAUCCUUCUAGGCAUGCUAAAAUUUCAAAGGAAUCUAAACUAUCGCCUCUUCGAAGAGGAAAGAUUCGAGGUCUCCGAAACCGAAAUGAGCAUUUUCUGUGAUAUUUUUCAUGACAACCUUAAGCAGUCAGAGUUUGAGAUUUUUCUACGCUAUGUUGAAAAAUCCAAAUGCGCUGAGGCAAUUUUAAUGAGCUUCGAACAGUAUUUUUCCGGUCGUCCCUGGGAGGAGAACACAAUCUGUUUGUCGAUCGAUGCGUUUCUUUUUCUACCGGUGGAGUAUAUAAAUCGGUGCUGUGAUUUCUUCGACGUCGUUUGGCGAGAUGUCCACGGAAGCAGCGAGCAGGUGAUCCUCAGAAAUACGGUUCUCGACUACAAAAUCAACUACGUGCGGAGCCAGUUGUCCCAACUGCGACAGCGUGUCAAUGAGAAUUAUUACAUUCGGCAGUUGAUUAUGGAUACCGAUUUUUUGAAUGAAAUCCAAUUAGCACAAUACUCGGAAUUAGUUAAAUUGGAGGGUUCUUAUGCCAGCUAUCGCUUGUUCCUCACCAAGACGGGACUACUUUGUCUCAAAAUCAAAACUGAUAAGCCGGAAAACUACAGUAGCGUCACGUUUUACUGCCCGUACACAAAAUCGUCGGCAAGAAAUAGUCAUCGAAGCCACACGCGAUGGUUCGUCUAUCUGGACGGGCGAAAAACGACGUUGAUUUUCGAUAGUAAAACUAGCCGGCACGUACUCAACGAACGGUACACCGUAUUGGCGGAACAAAUGCGGGCAAAGAUGCGUGUAAAAAAACGAUCCUUCUUCAAAGGUUCCGAGUGA